CUAUAUGGAGAGUCCUGAAGACGGCUAUACCUCUCACCACGAGAUGUAUUUGACCUCCGACCGCGAUAACUAUUCUUCUUGGGUGUACACAACCGACGACAUCCGGGCUCUAGACCAGUACAUACUCGAGGAAGGGGUCGAGGACAACACACAGGGUUUCGAGUUACCAGGACAGCUGUUGCCUGUUAAGUAUGGUGAACACCCACCAUUCAACCAGCCAGUGAACAUGGCAAGGAGCGAGGCGACGCAACCUCUACUAGACGUAACGACGGGUGGCGCGGAGGUGGGCGUGGUCGACGAGAUGGGCGUGGCUGAGGAGGUUGGCGUGGGCGCGGGGGCUGACGGGUUUAGCGCCGAAGAAGGCGCGGUGGCGUCGCUGCUCUAUCCGAUUACGAGCCGGAGGAAGCGCACCCGGGGUCCCAAAGUGUGGGAGUUCCUCGUGCGUCUCCUCCUGGACCCCAGCAGCAACCCCUCGCUCAUCGCCUGGGAGGACAGAGAAGCCGGUACCUUCCGUCUGGUGGAGAAGGAGAAGAUCGCUGCCCUGUGGAUAAAGCGGUCGGGAAGCGGGAGUCUGUCGUAUUCCAACUUCGCUCGUACGAUUAGACACCACUACGGGACGGGGAAUAUCCUGCCGACGGACCGGCAGCUCGUCUUCGGCUUGGGUGCUGCGGCCUGGGACUACCUGAAUAGACUCCGGCAAGAUGGCAGCGGUAAUUAUUGUCUUUAACCUUCGAGGACACCAACCCGACCCAACGAUGAGAGCAAGAUACUGUUUCUUUUGGAAUAAUUUGGCUGUGACACAUAGGAUUAGGAUGCGAACCAUUGUUAUUUCGAUGUAUCAUGAAGUUAUUGUAUGCCAUUUGUUUGCUGAAACUCACUGAAUUGAAUUUGAUUCGAUUUUCCGUAUUUGUGGUUUGGAGAUUCGUGAGUUUGUUUUGCUUUCUAAAUUAUUGUUAUUAAAGUGAUCCACUCUAGAGAACGUUUGAAAUCAUGAAAAAACAAUGUAUGCACCAUUGCUUUAAAGAAACUUAAGGAUGACAGCUGGCAUUCCAAGGAAACAGAAAAUAGAUGGAAAAAAAUAAUAACUGGUAAAGUUAGGUCAAAGGGUAGGGCAAUAGUCGUAAUAAUUGAGCAGUCUAGGGAUGUGGAAAGCGAGGAGACUUGGUUGUCUCGGCUGUAGAUGGGCAGCUUGUUUGUAAGGGAGUGUACGGGAAAACAUCAGCGGAGCGAAAGAUAAGACGAACUGAUGUAAUUUCUCUAAUUAUAUUGUACUUGUUCUGAAAGACUCGUGCAUCUUAUCUUCCUGAAGUACUGUUUCUCACAAGAGCCAUAAGAAUGAAUAAAACACUCUACCGUGUUGAAACUGGUAUAAAAACCCACAAUGUAAAAACUAGAUUUAUUGGAAAUGAGACAAGUUUCGGAAUCCACCUGGAUUCCAUCCAUCCAUUCCAUCCUGAGGGUGGAAUCCAGGUGGAUUCCGAAACUGUUGUCUCAUUUCCAAUAAAUCUAGUUUUUACAUUGUGUUUUUUUUAUGCCAGAGCCAUAAGGUAUGGCAUCGGUGCCCACCAGUCUAAUUAGGCUGCUUUCACACCAAGGUUACACAUAGCAUUACACAUUGCACUUGGCAAAUUAUUUUAGGUUACGGUUACACGUGGCGGGUGUCACUCGGUUCACAAGAUGGCAUUAUCGGAGGCUGACGAUGUUAUUGUUGUCCAAAGUUCUAAGUAAUCUUGUGACAAUGAUCCAUUUGCCACUAGGAGGAAUAAAGUAGAACACACUUGCUCUAAUGAAAAUACUUAUAAAAAAUUUUUUUCCUCACAAACUGAACAUUUUUUUUAGAAUUGUACCAUGGAGAGUAUUGUACUGAGGUGAUGGUCUAUCAUACAAACAUGUUAUAUUGAUUGGUUCAGUGUCUGGAAGAAACAUAGUUAUGCAUGAGAGAAGGCACACAUCGCAAUGUUUCCUUCUGCAAGACUUCGCGUUAUUACCCACUCUUCCAAAGCCUUGCUCACUGGGUGACCGAAGCAUUGUGUCAAAAGUGUUUGGCGGAAAUUUUUCUUAACACAAAAAUACUCAGUGUGUGUCAUACCUUCAGAAGUUUUCAUUUUUGUAUCAUAUAUUAUUUGAUUUUAACAGUUUUCAUGAUAUUGGCUCAUAAUAACUUUAGAUGUAAGAAAAUAAAAUUUGAAAACAGUCCGAGCCUCCAAGGUGGCAGGCCUCACGCUAAAAAAUAACGUCGCACGUGCCACUCCACUUUUGUGUGACGGUUGUUUCGUUUUCAAAUGGCCACGAGCGAUGUACCACCUUAGUGUGAAAGCAGGCUUAGAGUUUGUGUGCCCACUUGAUGGCCUGGCAUAGAGCAUAGAUUGUGUUGGAUAGAAUGAUAUAGAUACAGAUAUAUAUCGUCUAUUUACUAAUUCAUGCCAUGGAACAUUGGGUAUCAUUGUCAAAGUAAAUUAAAAAAAGUAUUUUGUGGCGAUUUCAGAAAUAGAUGAGAAUAGGGCAGAAAGUUGAAGAAAACGUACUAAUAGAAAACGUCGCUAGUGAAGCAUCGUCAAAGAAAAUGGUAGUAUGGGGGAGAGACUAAGAUAUUUGGCUUAACGAUAGCCAGAAGUGUAAAUAGGAAUGUAUAUACGGAAAAUUGUCUGGUUGUAUGGUAUGCGUACCUAUUCCCAAGUAUAUAAUUAUCUUGAGUUACAAUCCUACACAAAGCGACUUUAUGUUUUCGUGUUGAAAUAAAGUAUUUCAAAUACAAAUGUUGUAUGCAAGACCAGUCAGUAUUUCAUAUUAGGAUAGCAGUGGUUUUGGACUUGUUAACUUGUUUAGUUGAAUGUUUUUGUUGCAGUGCUAAACACAUGGUCUCUCUCCUUAGUUGCAAAACACUUUUUCACUUUGACGGAAGUGUGAAAACAAUAAUGUUCGCUGUUUUUUUUCCCCCUAUAGAACAGUGAUAAGACACUAAAUACCGGGAAGCACUUUACGGUGGUCAAGCUAGUUCAUACUGAUUGCAAUUACUUUUUAGACGGAAGCUAGUCACUGAAAAUGAUUUGCAUUUCUGUUGACAUGUUCGGGGAGUAUUUAUAAAGUUUUUAUCUAUUAAACAAAUAACUAUUAUUAUUGUAAAGAUGUUCAUCAUCAACUGUUAUUUUUUCCGCCCAUCGGCUGAUUGUGUUUUUGCUUUAAACUAUCUCAAAGGUCAAAAUUUAAGUAUUUAUAUUUGUUCUGCUUCUUCCAUUUCUUUGGCUAUAUAUGUUUUCCCCCCGCAGUGAAUAUGAUUUUCUCCCAUUCAUUAAAAUAACAACAACAACACCAAAUAGUUGUAAAGGAAGCUUUCCUUCAUUUUUUCUUCUUUCAUAGAUAGUUAUUAGAACUGCCUUUCUCAACGAGCAUUAGUGUAUUUUGGUAUCUAAAAAUCUGGAAUAAUCUAAUCAAUUUUCACAUUUAACGUCUUAUUUCGUUCUGCUCUCUUUUUGGAAGUCAUAAUUUAUAAAUAAUAAUAAAAAUUA